UGUCUUCUCUCACACGCUUGACGCAGCCCAUAGGAAGGGGGGAGGGGGAGGAGGAGGUGGUGGCGACCGCCGGAUUGGACCGCCGCGACGACCGGGACGUCGACCGGACGGGGCGAGGCCGCUGAGCACGCCGCCGAUCCAUGGAGGGAGCGGGUCCCGCGGCCGAGAUGCUCUCGCCGGGCGAGGCGGACUGGCCUCCCGAGCUGCGCCUCCCGCCGCCGCCGCCGCAGCCUGGGGUGGGGAUGGAUGACUCGCAGUUCCUCGGAUCGAUCAUCGGGGAGCCUGCCCAGGCGCACCAGGCGCCGGCCGAGGCGGGGGCGACGGUCGGGGUCAAGAGGAGGAGGGGGAGGCCGCCGAAGAAGAGGGACGGGGCGGCGGCGGCGGCGGUCCCGGUGAAGCCGGCGAGGAAGAGAGUCGACGAGGAGGAGGUCGUCUGCUUCAUCUGCUUCGAUGGGGGCAACCUCGUCGUGUGCGAUCGGAGGGGAUGCCCUAAGGUCUAUCAUCCGGCCUGCAUCAAGCGUGAUGAGGCAUUCUUCCAAUCUCGCAGCAAGUGGAAUUGCGGUUGGCACAUAUGCAGCAGCUGUGAAAAGGCAGUGCACUACAUGUGCUAUACGUGCACAUACUCCCUUUGCAAGGUAUGCAUCAAGCAAGGCAAAUUUUUCAGCGUCAGGGGGACGAAGGGCUUCUGCGAUACCUGUUAUACAACUAUACUUUUGAUAGAAUCCAAAGAUGAAGGUGAUGGAAAGAUUGUUGUUGAUUUUGAUGAUCAAAAUAGCUGGGAAUACCUGUUCAAGCUUUAUUGGUUGGAUCUGAAAGGGAAGCUUUCGUUAACAUUGGAAGAACUAACUAGCGCCAAAUCUCGAUGGAAUGCACCUACUACUUACACUAGGAAAGAAAAAGAUGAGUCAUCUGAUGACCUGUAUGAUGCUAAUAAUGAUGACGAUGCUGGUUCUGACUGCUCAUCUGGAAAGCGAAAAUGGAAUUCUUCAAGAAAAAAGGGUCAAAAACGCCAAAAAACAAAUUCUGAUUGUAGCAUUGCCACAAAAAAGUUCGAAAGUGUUACUAGAGAUUCUGAAACCCUGCCCAGCAAAGUACCAAUUCAAGAGGCAUCCUUGCCAGUUGACACCAAAUGGGCUUCGCCAGAGCUACUGGAGUUUGUAGGGCACAUGAGAAAUGGUGAUCUAUCUUUUAUUUCCCAGUUUGACGUACAGGCUCUUUUGCUUGACUAUAUAAAACAGAAUAACCUCCGGGACCCUCAAAGAAAGAGUCAAAUUAUUUGUGAUUCAAGACUUCACCGUUUAUUCAGGAAAACACGUGUUGCUCAUUUUGAGAUGUUGAAGCUUUUGGAGAUGCACUUUCUUGUGAGUGAGCCUUCUGCAGUAAAUGAUGAUAGUCAAGGGAUUACCAAUCCUAGUUCAGCUCAAAUAGAUCAUGCCAGUGGAUAUAGUGACAUGGCUGCAAAGUUUUCUCCUGAUAGGAGACGGAGGAUGCAUAGAAAGAUGGAAAGAGAAUCACAGGCUAAUCCUGAGGAUUAUGCAGCGAUUGAUAUGCAUAAUAUUAGCUUAAUUUACCUGCGCCGUAGUUUGAUGGAGGAUCUUAUUGAUGAUCCCACAUUCUCGGACAAAAUAUCUGGUGCUUUUGUAAGGAUAAGAAUUUCGGGUCUUGGCCAGAAGCAAGAUAUGUAUCGACUGGUGAAAGUUGUUGGCACACAAAAGGUCCCAGAAAAAUACAGCAUUGGGAAGAAAACAACAAAUCUUGCACUUGAGAUCCUAAACUUAAACAAAAAGGAGAUUAUCACAAUGGAUACAGUAUCAAAUCAGGAUUUUACAGAGGAGGAAUGCAAGCGCCUAAGGCAGAGCAUGAAGUAUGAUCUAAUUAGCCGACUGAAAGUGGGUGAUAUCCAAGCGAAAGCAAAUAUCUUCCAGCUUGUAAGAGUGAACGAUUGGUUAGAAAAUGAAAAGCAGAAGCUGUGCCAUCUUCGUGACCGUGCAAGCGAAACUGGGCGCAGAAAGGAACUCAGAGAAUGUGUGGAAAAGCUUCAGCUUCUCAACACUCCGGAGGAAAGAGCACGCAAAAUUAAUGAAGUUCUUGAUGUGCAUGUUGAUUCGCAUAUGGAUCCUGAUUAUGAAUCUGCUGAAGAAUUUGGCAGCAAGAAAACUGCUGAAUGGAAUGUAAAUUGGGCAAGAUCAGAUCCAUUUGGUUCACCUGUUAAAGUGAAAUAUCCGAACACUGUACAAAAGAAUUGUGAUGCUACCCGUCAUCUCAAAAACCAGUCUAAGCAAAAUACAGUUCGUAAACCAGUAGUAGCAAGAAACUCUGAGAAUCCCCGUUCAUCAGUUGGUAUGGAUAUACCAAAAUCUGUCACUAAUGCAAAGAGUACCAUGUGUGGAACUACACCACUUCCAUAUUCUGGAGUAACGGUAUCAGGUGACAUAGAACCAGAAAAAGUCUGGCACUAUAAGGAUCCUUCUGGAAAUGUUCAGGGCCCGUUUACUCUUUUGCAGCUAUCCAAAUGGACAAGUUACUUCCCACGUGAUAUGAGAGUAUGGCUUACAUUUGAGAGUGAAGAGAGAUCAUUGCUGUUGACUGAAGUGCUCUCUAAACAGCCAAAGGAUUUUGGUCAACCUGCAGCUCUGACUACAAGUAGUAAAUCCACAUUAGCAGACACUGGACAAAACAGAAGCACUCAACUUGUGGAUCUAAACAAAGCUCCUUCUCCUGUUGGUUAUAGUAUGCUGAAUUCUUCUGAAACAACUAUUCAGUGUACUAAGCAUUCAGGCCCAGAAAGGGAAAGCGUAAACUCUUUAGAUGACAGGUUAUCACUAACAAUGGACUCAGUUCCACUGAAGGACACGAAGGAUUCAAAUAGUCAACCAAUAUAUCAGAUCAAGCAUUCAAGCUUUCCUCCAUCUUCUGGAAGUCCACGCCGACAAUCAGAUUUGCACCAUGAUGAAGUACAGGGAGGACGCUCUGGUGAAUGGAACAAUCAACACAACAGUGGUGAAAUGUGGAGUCCAGCCAUGCCGCAGACAAGUUCUAGUGCACACAGUAACGUGGAAUCUCAUCACAAUCAUUAUGCUUUGUGUUCACAGGUUCAACAUGAUACUAAAAUUAGUUUACAAGCAGGUUCUGGAAAGGAUAUGAAUUCCAGGCAGGAUUUUUCACAGAAACUUCCUAGUCAACGGAUCAUGAAAGAUACCCCCAGCCCUGUUUUUGCCUGGAGUCCAUCUGAGUCCAGGACUGCUUCCAGUCAACAUGAAGGCUCUUGCUUGAGUUCAACAACCAAUUUAUGUGCUCAUGAUGAACUUAAUUCUUCAAUUGCUUCUGCAAAGGCUAAAAGUUUCGCUCCAGCAACUCCUGUUGAAGACAGAGGUUCGAGUUCACCCUCUGGUAUGCUGAGCCACUCAGAAAGAGCACCAAUCUGCAGUCCACAGUCAGCUCCUUCUGUGUCUGCUUCUGAUACAUGUAAGAUGGAGGAGACCAUGAAUCAACAAAAACCACUUGAAGCUGAUAUAUCAAAUGCAUCAGUUAAUCAGUCUCCAAAUUCUAAGAUUCUCCCGGAAUCUUCUCCUGAUAACCAAGAUAUUGAACGUGAAUAUCCUAGUCCACCUCCAAUGUCUGAAUGUAAAGAGCUAUCCCCACAGUCAAGGACUAACCGUGAAUCUUCUCCUGAUAACCAAGAAGUUGAACGUCAAUAUCCUAGUCCACAACCAAUAUCUGAGAGUAAAGAGGUACCUCCACAGUUAAAGAUUAUUCCUGAAUCUUCUGAUAACCAUGAUAUUGAACGUGAACACCCAAGUCCACCUCCAAUACCUGAGAGUAAAGAGCAAUCUCCACAGUCUAAGAUUCUCCCUGAAUCUUCUCCUGAUAACCAAGAUAUUGAACAUGAACACCCUAAUCCACCUCCAAUACCCGAGAGUAAAGAGCUAUCUCCGCAGUGUAAGAUUCUCCCAGAAUCUUCUCCUGAUAACCAAGGUAUUAAAUGUGAAUAUCCUAGUCCAACUCCGAUACCCGAGAGUAAAGGACUAUCUCUGCAGUCCAAGGUUCCUGGACCUUCUCAUGAUGACCAAGAUGUUGGACAUGAAUAUCCUUGCCCAACACCGAUAUGUGAGAGUAAAGAGGUGUCUCGACAGUCUAAGAUUCCCUCUGGAUCUUCUCUUGAUAACCAAGAUAUUGAACACGGGUAUCAUAGUCCAAAUCUGAUAUCUGAGAGUAAAGAGCUUACUAUAAACCUCUCUCAGUCAAUAUCAUUAGCACCUGAAAAGAUAGCUUCUGGUGAAGACUCUUCACUUCCUUUUAUUUUUCCAAAAUCUCCUCGAGCUGGGGAUGGUGCUUUGAAAUCAGUAUCUGAUAUAGAAACGACACAUAUAGAAGGUGGAGACUCAAACGUAAAGGAACUCUAUGUUAAAGAAGAACUGUAUGUUGAAUCAACUGUUAUAAGAGAGGACAUGGUGGUUAAUCCUGCCUCUGGAGUUGAGUCCGUAGACAUGUCUGAAAAUCUCUUGGAAUCUUUGAUGGAGCAAAGUUGUGGAACUUUCUACUUGGAUGGUGCUGCAGCAUUAGAAGGUUUUCUAUCUAAGGAAGAACCACAAUGUUCUAGCCCCAUUGCUUUAUCCACGUGCUCUAGCCCCAUUGCAUUAUCCCCUUGGGGUGAAUCUGGCUAUUAUCAAGGUGAUUCUGUUGGUUCUUCUUUAUGGGGAGUCCAGGAUGAUGAUCCAAUCUGUGAAAUGUGGCAAUUAUCCACACAAACACCGGCUGUCCAAUAUUCAUCUGGUACAACUGCUCAUUUUAUUGAUGAGGUAACUGUCACCCAAGUAAAUAAUGAAAUCAUUCCAAGAAAUACCACGCCAGGGGAGAAGGUGGAGCUACCAAACUCAGGUGCAUGCACAGUUUGGGGAUUGGUUGAGCAGAUGAAUCCAGAAGCAAAUGACACAUCGGUAUCAAUGAUAGACAGGAGCACAGGAUUAGUAUGUUCUCAGCCAUCAGCGAAUGGUGGCCCAAAUGUGGAUACAUCACGGAACACUAACCAUAAUACUAACUUAUCCCUCAGCCAUGAAACAGCAGUACCAUUGAGUAAAGGCUCUGGAGAAGCAUCAAGAAAGCCGGGAUGUGCAACUGACUUGAAUGUGGCUACUUCAGGGGAGGCAUUAGGAAACACGAAGAACUGGAAUCCAUCUGCUGGUAAUGCUAAUCGGGGCAGCCAGCGGAGUCAUCAUCGUGACAGGUACUCACAAAUAAGCGAAUCUUGGCUUCUUAGCUCAAACUACUCUAGGAGUAGGUCCGAUGGAUUUGGCUCUGGUGGGUCAUCGAGAUCAACCCCAAGGGGACAAACACAGAGGGGGAUAUGUAAAUUUCAUGAGAGUGGCUACUGCAGGAAGGGUGCAUCUUGUAACUACCUGCAUCCCUGAUAUCUGCAAUAGACAAAAGAGGGUUUGCAAUUCUUUGCCCACAUCUUUUGACUUUUUUGUAUAGCCUAAUUACAGUGGUAGUCAACAUAGAGCCUACACGACCUUUUGCUUGGUUCCAUUCAUCUGUAGCAAGGACUAAGGAGUACUACGUAUAUGUCUAGCUCUAGCAUAGGAUAAUGACUGAAUGUAUUGCCCAAGUAGAUUCCACUUUUGGGGGGAACAUGACCUAUUUAAUUCUGUUUUGUUCAAUUGAACUGCAGUUGUAUCCUAUUGUUUUCCCCUCAUCUGUUUCUUCAGGGCAUGGUCUGCCAGAUGUAUUGGAAAAAUAGAGAUAUCUAAUCGGUUUAGUUUC